AUGGCCGGCCUCCUCCGCCUCCUCCGCGACAAGUGGUCGCCGCCGCGCGACCCGACGACCUCGCUCGCCGGCCGCACCAUCCUCAUCACCGGCGCCAACACCGGUCUCGGACUCGAAGCCGCCGUCAAGUGCGCCCAGCUCGGCUGCGCGCGCCUCGUGCUCGGCGUGCGCGACGCGUCCGCCGCCAAGGCCGCACAGCUGGGCCAGACCGUCCAGCAGCGCGCGCAGCGGAAGCGCAAGAUCGCCACGCGCGAGGCGACGGGCGACUGCGUCAUCGACGUGUGGCAGGUCGACUUGCUGGACUUCGAGAGCGUCAGGCGCUUCGCCGAGAGGGUGGGCGCGGCUGACGAGGUGCGGCGCCUGGACGCGGCGGUGCUGAAUGCGGGCGUGAGCGUGAGGGAGUUGAGGAGGAGCAGGCACGGGUGGGAGGAGACGCUGCAGGUCAACGUGCUGGGGACGGCCUUGCUGGGCGUGUUGUUGCUGCCGGUGCUGAGGCAGAAGGGCGCGGAGACGGUGCGCGAUGGGAGGCCGCCCGUGCUGGAGAUUGUCGGAUCGAGCUUGUAUCGGCACGCGAAGUUGGGCGCCACGGGGGAGAAGCUGCUGGAGGAACUCAACAGGCAGGAGGCCUUCAAUGGGCGGAAGCAGUAUGCUGUUUCAAAGGCGCUUGUGAUGUAUGCCAUGCGAAGCCUUGCGGCAAUGGAUGCAUACACGGCUGGAGGAAAGGAUGUGGUUGUCAUGUCCGCAUCGCCAGGAUUCUGCAAGAGUGAUCUUCGGAGGCAUUACACCGGACUCGCGGCCAGAGUCUUCGGAUCGCUCUUCUAUGCCGUCUUCGCUAGAGACGCGGAAGAAGGUGCAAGAAGCUUGGUCAGCGCCGUCUGUCUAGGCGAAGAAGCGCAUGGUGGUUUCUGGCACAGCGACAAACUGCUUGAAUUGGACCCGAUGCUCCUAGGAGAAGAGGGCGAGAAGAUGCGCCAACAAGUCUGGCACGAGAUCAUCGACGCUGUUAGGCGAGACGUGCCAGAGGCACUCGAACUGACGCAGAAUGGACCACGCGAAGCGCCAGCUAUUGAUGCCCAAGGAAACAAUGCCUAA